AUCUACACUGACCAUCAGAGCACUGAUGAUCAGUGUGCCCUGAUGAUCAGUGUGGCCCCAGAAGUGCCACCUGCCAGUGCUCAUCAGUGCCACAUCAAUGCCACAUAUCAGUGCCCAUCUGAGCUGCCUUUCAGUGUCACCCAUCAGUGCAAUCAGUGCUGCCUAUCAGUGCCAGUCAGUGACGCCUAUCAGUGCCGCCUAUCAGUGCCAUAUAUCAGUGCUGCCUUUCAGUGCCCAUCAGUGAUGCCUGUCAAUGCUCAUCAGUGCCACCUACCAGUGCCUCCUCAUCAGUGCCUCCUCAUCAGUGCCGCCUAUCAGUGUCCAUCAGUGCAGCCUAUCAGUGCCCAUCACUGCAGCCUCAUUAGCUCACAUCAGUGA